AUGAUGCUUGAUCUCAAUCUCGACGUUGCGACGCCUGAGUUGACUAUGAUGGAUGAAUCCGUGACUUCGAACUCUUCCUUAAUCAAUGCGGAGGCGUCAAGCUGCAUCGACGGUGAAGAGGAGGAGCUCUGCUCCACACGCGCCGUCAAGUUUCAGUUUGAAAUACUGAAAGGAGGUGAAAAAGAAGAUAGAAGUGAUGUGAUGAUGAUGACUAAGGAGUUUUUUCCUGUUAGUUCCAACUCCAAGAGAGGGGACGAUGCUGUGACUGUGAGGGUGAUGCAGCCACCGGCACAGCCGGUGAAGAAAAGCAGGAGAGGACCUAGGUCUAAGAGUUCUCAGUAUAGAGGUGUUACUUUCUACAGGAGGACAGGGAGAUGGGAGUCUCAUAUCUGGGAUUGUGGUAAACAAGUUUAUUUAGAUGGGUGUUCUCUAACGUUCAACGUUUGCUUGUGUAGAGCGUAUGAUCGAGCUGCUGUCAAGUUCAGGGGACUGGAGGCUGACAUCAAUUUCAUUAUCAGCGACUAUGAAGAGGAUCUCAAACAGAUGGCGAAUCUUUCCAAAGAGGAAGUUGUGCAACUACUUAGGCGACAGAGCUCUGGUUUCUCCAGGAACAAUUCAAGAUAUCAAGAAGUUGCUAUGCAAAAGAUUGGCGGGUGGGGAGCUCAAAUGAAUCAGUUCAGUGGAAACAUGGCUUAUAAUAAGACAGCGACAAAAUGGAGUGGAAGGGAGGUUGCUUCCUUAAUUGAGCCUCAUGCAUCUCGGAUGAUUCCCGAGUCAGCUAAUGUUAAGCUCGACCUCAGUUUGGGAAACUCCCUUUCCCGUGGAGAUAGUCCAAAGCAAACAGAAAGGGCUCCAUGGCUUCAUCAUGCCCCUAACAGUAUCCUAUGUGGAAGGAACUCCAUGGUGGAGAACCACAUGGCUGCAGCAACAUGUGAUACUCCUUUCAAUUUGUUGAAGAGGGGUUCCGAACACCUUAUCAACCGCCAUGACCAUCCUCCCGCGUUCUUUUCACCCAUGGAAAGAGCACCAGAGAAAGUUUUUAUGUCGGCUUCUCCUCCUCAAAGCUUCCCAGCCAGGACAUGGAAAACGCAAGAUGCCACAACAGCUAUUGCAUCGCCACUGUACUCAAAUGCAGCAUCAUCAGGAUUCUCACUCUCAGCUACACGCCCACCUUCUUCAUCCACUGCUACUACUCAUCAUCCUUCUCAGCCCUUCCUCAAUCUGAAUAUGCCCAGUCUCUAUGUCAUCCACCCAUCUGAUCACGUAUCUCAGCAACACCACCACCAUCUCAUGAACCGCUCACAACCACCACCAUAA